AUGCUGUGUCCGAGAUGGGAAUGGCGUGUCAUUGGUCUGGUGAUGCUGAUGCAGCAGGCUUUGUCUCAAGGCAUACAACAACUUGUAGGUAAUCCUGUCAUUGCCUUCGGUUCUAAUACCACCCUGGAAGUAACUGCGUCGGAAGCAGAUCUAGCAAAGGGACAAUGGUACCUUGCGGCUCCACCGAACCCGGUGGUACUACUGCCUGACAACGACAGAACACUGUACUCCGUCUCCGGUGUGUUCCACCGACUGACCAUCACCAAUGUCUUGGAGUCAGACCAAGGACGAUACUACUACCUGUAUGGACAAGGGAUCCUCCUGCAAGGGGAUGUACAAGUUGCAACCCCAGGUUGCGCUGCAGCCAUCGUCUAUUUUGUCGUUGACGGAUCAGAGAGUGUCAGUUCUGAAAUGUUCCAACUCGUCAAGGACGCGUUAAGAAAUUUUGUUUCCAGCACCAUUUCCAGAAACGGCAAUAUGCAAGUUGGAGUUGUGGUUUUCAACAACAACGUGACUGAUGUUAUCACUGCCUCCAGCAGUAUAAGCGGUCUUCAAUCAUCCAUUAAUUCACUGUCGCAACCCAGCGGUGGAACAAGCACUCAUCUUGGCAUUCGGAGAGGAAUGCUGCUCCUAAAUCAAGACACCUCUGGCAUUCCUCGGGUGAUGGUUGUAAUAACCGAUGGCAUUUCCAAUUUCCCAGAGCAAACUGCAGCUGCUGCUGCUGAAGCGAAGAACUCCGGGAUAACAAUGUUUGCUGUUGGUGUUAAUGGCAUCACCGUCCCAUCAUUUGUACAACGUUUUCAGGCGGAAAUACUGUCUAUUGCCUCCUCGAAUGCUACAGCAUUUCAAAUCACAGAUUUUGAUUCUUUGAACACCUCACUGAACGGCAUAACCCAAGAUAUUUGUCGAGGAGCUGUCAAUGGAUUCUGGUCAAGCUGGGGACCAUGGUCAGGCAUCCAGUGUUCGGGGUCCUGCGGGCAGAACACCAUUGGACGCAUCACCCGGAGAAGAACAUGCACCAAUCCUACACCCUUAUUUGGUGGAAGCCCUUGUGUAGGAAGCAGCGAAGAUUCUACAGGGAGGAGCUGUGGUUUUGAUCCUUGCCCUGUCGAUGGUGGAUUUAGCGCUUGGGAUGUUUGGCAGAUUUCCGCCUGCACCGUCUCCUGUGGAACGUCCGCCACCACGCAGCGAUCCAGAAGUAGACGAUGUGACAGUCCAGCUCCCCAGUUUGGUGGAAGUAAUUGUACAGGGCCAUUCACAGUGACUGAACAGAUCAGCUGCAACCUCACUGCUUGUCCAGACGUACGGAUUUUGGCAAACAAUCCAGAGACUUACAUAGGGGCGACUGUCACUCUGCAAGUGUCACUACCUGGGCAGACCCAGCUUGGUGUUUGGAACAAGCUAUCUGGAACUGCUUUCAGCACCUUGACUCACACGUCGAGGACGGCCAUCUCUAUUGAGGGGACAUCCAUAUUCAAUGGAGGAAUAUCAGAGUGGAGUCAGUGGAGUGUCCCUUCUUGUCCGGUGACAUGUGGACAAGGAGUUCGGACCCUGACCAGAAGCAGGACAUGCACGCGGCCAGCUCCACAGUUCGGUGGAGUAGACUGUCCAGAGACCAAACAGGAGGCGUCCCAAAGAGUCUGUUCUCUAGGAAACUGUCCACGUUGCGCUGCAGCCAUCGUCUAUUUUGUCGUUGACGGAUCAGAGAGUGUCAGUUUUGAAAAAUUCCAACUCGUCAAGGACGCGUUAAGAAAUUUUGUUUCCAGCACCAUUUCCAGAAACGGCAAUAUGCAAGUUGGAGUUGUGGUUUUCAGUAAUAAUGUGACUGAUGUUAUCAAUGCCUCUAGCAGUAUUAAUGGUCUCCAAUCAUCCAUUAAUUCACUGUCGCAACCCAGCGGUGGAACAAGCACUCAUCUGGGCAUUCGGCGAGGUAUGCUGCACCUAAAUCAAGACACCUCUGGCAUUCCUCGGGUGAUGGUUGUAAUAACUGACGGCAUGUCCAAUUUCCCAGAGCAAACUCGAGCUGCUGCUUCUGAAGCGAAGAACUCCGGGAUAACAAUGUUUGCUGUUGGCGUCAGCGGCAUCACCGUCCCAAUAUUUAUACAACGUUUUCAGGCGGAAAUACUGUCUAUUGCCUCCUCGAAUGCUACUGCAUUUCAAAUCACAAACUUUAAUGGUUUGAACAACUCUUUAAACGGCAUAACCGAACGUGUUUGUCAAGGAGCUGUAAAUGGAAUCUGGUCAAGCUGGGGUCUAUGGUCUAGCGUCGAGUGCUCGGAGACUUGUGGCCCUCUCGCUAUGGGGAACAUCACCAGGAGAAGAACAUGCACCAACCCAGCACCCUUGCUUAACGGAAGCCCAUGUUCUGGAAAGAGUGAGGACGAUUUGAGGAGGAACUGUGGUCUUAAUCUUUGCCCAAUUGAUGGCGGCUGGUCAUUGUGGACUGUGUGGUCGGCUCCUCAGUGUAAUGCCACGUGUGGAUCAGGUGCUAUGGGUCGAGUUUCCAGAAGGAGAACAUGUACGAAUCCGAUGCCAGGUAAUGGUGGACGUCCAUGUCAGGGUUUCUCCGUUGAGACUGAAGUGAAGACAUGCGGGCUGCCUCUUUGCCCAGGUGAGGUUCAAGGCGGGUUCAGUCAAUGGACGACUUGGGCAGUUCCCCCCCUGCCCGGCUACGUGUGGAAGGAACGUGUCCCGUACGCUGACCCGGCAACGUUUCUGCAACAACCCCGCCCCUGCAAACGGUGGGCGUGA